GCAGCAGUGACGCUACCUUGGCUCGUGGUGAGUGGGUGUGCCCCGCCCCUUAGAGCCCCCCCUCUCCCGGUCGGUGUGGGCGGCCGCGUGGGGAGAGAGCGAAACACUACACCCGAGAGAGAGGAACCGGGGAGGAGAAAGAGUAGCCACAGAGUACAGAAUGUGAGUGAGUGGAGGAAGAAAACAAGUCUAAAGAGAGGACGACUGCUAUUCUACAGAACGGUUCUUUUAACGACAAUAUGUCAAAUAACGGGGAAGAUGCGAUUGAGAUGGAGUAAACAACAACUCGACCGUUAGUGAAAGUAUAUGCAAACAAGGAAAGAGAAGGAUUUUAGGUUCGUAUGCUUGUCGGGACGGUUGACCGUGUUCCGCUGCAACUCGAACAGGACAGGCGAAGUUGCCGUGGGACAAACAGCAAUGAGCUACAUCAACUGACUGCGAUUCGUGGAAAGUAACGUUACUUCGAUUGCUACAGUUGGGGAAGGGGGUAUUGGGAAAGAAAGUGGAAGCAAAGGGGCCCGCGACUGGAGCAACGGCGGAAAGUUUGUAACGUUAGCCAGUUCCCCCUCCUUUUUCAAUUCCGAACCAAAGGAAGGGCUCAGAGGGAGACGACUUUUCCUUCCACUGACGCUACUGUUUUGACUUGAGUUCCAUCAAGCUCGCUAGCUAACGUUAACUAGCUUGCAACACUCAAAAUGAAAACCCCCGGAGAUUCGGGGUUUGCCUUUCCAGAUUGGGCCUACAAACCCGAGUCGAGCCCCGGCUCGCGACAGAUCCAGCUGUGGCACUUCAUCCUGGAGCUGCUGAGGAAGGAGGAGUACCAUGACGUCAUCGCCUGGCAGGGGGACUAUGGAGAGUUUGUCAUCAAGGACCCUGACGAGGUGGCCCGGUUAUGGGGGGCCCGCAAGUGCAAACCCCAGAUGAACUAUGACAAGCUGAGCAGGGCACUCCGUUAUUACUACAACAAGAGGAUCCUCCAUAAGACCAAAGGGAAGAGGUUCACCUACAAGUUCAACUUCAACAAACUGGUCCUGGUCAACUACCCCUUCAUAGACAUGGGCUCCACAGGUAGUGGUGUUCCUCAGAGUGCUCCCCCAGUGCCAACCGGAGCCGGAACUCAUUUCCGCUUCCCACCCUCCACGCCGUCCGACAUGCUUUCGCCCAAUGAGGACCUGCGUAGCCCAGGGGGCGUGUUCAGUGCCGUGGCUCGGCGCAUGGCGCGCGGCUCGGUCAGCGACUGCAGCGACGGGACCUCUGUCAACUCCGAGAUCGAGGACGGCAACGGGGGAGGAGGGGAGGAGAGAGGGGGAGAGAGAGGGCUGAGUGGGGGAGGGGGAGGAGGAGGUGGUCCAGGGGGAGGAGGAGGAGGGUACAGGAGUAUGAUCCACCCCCGUCUGUCCCAUGAGUCUCUGUUCAGGAUGUAUGGUGGAGCAGGGAACCCCAAUGGCCACCCAGGCUCCCGCUGCCCCCCAGGACACAGGGUCCACCCCGACAACCUGUCCCCCCUACCUGGCCCUGUGGGUGCAGGGCUCCUAGCCCCACCUCUGUCCCCAGCCCUGUCCAUGACCCCGUCCUCCCACCUGCCCUACACCCCAUCCCCCUCCCUCUCCCCCAUGCUGGGCUCCCACUUCUCCUUCAACCCUGAGGAAAUGAAGCGCUACCUGCAGGCCCACCACCAGAGUGUCUACAACUACCACCUCAGCCCCAGAGCCUUCCUCCACUACCCCAACGUCGUCCUUCCCCAGCCACACCGCCUCACCCAAGACAAGAGAGAACUGGGAGGAGAGAGAGAGAGGGAAAGAGGAGAACGCUCAGGUCUGAAUAGUCAUCGACACCCAUCACCCCUAUCCCAAUCCCACUCUCCUCACCCGCACUCGGCCCACCCCCACCCCCACCCGCACUCAGCCCACCACCACCCUCACUCGGCCCAUUCCCACUCCCACCCCAUCCACCACCCGCUGCACCUGGGUGAGGAGCCGCCUCACCUCUCGCCCUUCAAGUUCAAGCUGCAGCCUCCUCCAUUGGGCCGGAAGCAGAGGGACGGUAGCCAGGGCCACCACCCCAGGCAGAGCUCACUGUCCUCGUGCUCAGGGUCCCUGUCGUCCUCCGGUCUGGGGUCUUCCUUGUCCUUCGGCAGUGACCUGAGCUCAGCCGGCGGGUCAGGACUCAUCUCCAACUCCUCCUCCACCGGCUCCCUCAACAGCACUGGACUGCCCAAGAUCAAGGUGGAGCCCAUCUCAGACAUUGAGUCAGAAGAGGAGGUGGAGGUGACUGACAUCAGCGAUGACGACCCCGAUGACCGGGGCGACGAGUACGACCUCUUCUCCCCCCGACACCCCCGGCCUCACCCCCACCACCCCAACGGGACCUCCUCCCACCCACACCCCAACGACGACGACCUGGAUGAGGAUGUCUUCAAGGCCCCCGCGCCCCCUCCUCCAGGCCUGCUGCCCUUCUUCACCUCCCACUACCAUUCCCACCCCCACCGCGGACCUCCCACCCUGAAGAGUGAGCCGGCCGAGCCAGGCGACACCCCACCUCCCCAGUCCCCUGCCCAGGGGCAGACCAAGUGCAUUCCCCUCAAGCUGCGCUUCAAACGGCGCUGGAGCGAAGACCAACGCAUGGAGGCCAUGGAAGAGCAGGACGACAAGAAAGUACGAGGGGAGGAGAAGGAGAGGGAAAGAGAGACGGAGAGGAAUGGAGGGAUGGAGGAGAACGGGGCUGGCAGUGCCCCCAGUUCCCCAGCCCUGGGGGGGUAUGAGUGUACCCUCCCGUUGGCUCAGAGGAGGGUGAGCCAGGACCUGCACCGGGCCACCGCCCAACUGUCACUGGAGAACAAGGACUGCUGAUGCUGAUCCACACAUAGGGAUACAUACAAACACUAAUGCUAGCAGUCAGUGGUGGUUUAGGACAGUGUAAAUGACUCCUCUGUAGUCCUCCUGCCACUCUGACAGACAGACAGUUCUCUCCUAACUCAAACUAAACCUUGUCCUAAUCAAACUCCAAACCAUGAUGCAGUCCUUGACUUGAGAACACACACACACGCUCCCAAACCCCUUACCUCCUACUGUAAUGAGACCCUCCCUCAGAGACUGUUGAAGAAAAGAGGGGAGAGGGGACUUUUGGUCCAAGCAAGCCCAGACUCAGUGACUUAAACCAGGGGAAGACCCAGAGGGGACGCAACUCUCUGCUUGUGUCUGGAUGGAACACCCAAGCCAGCCUCCUGUCCAGCCCACCGUCAGCCUCAUAUCCAGCCUCCAGCCCUGCCCCACAUCUCCUGCCUCACAUCUCCUGCCUCACCUCUCCUGCCUUCUGGCCCCCCUCUAGGGUUAGACUCUUUCUCCUCAGGGGACCCCAACUCAGACAGACCAGUCACCCGGCUCCCCAGCCCUGCAGACAUGGAGGAUUACAUUUCUCCCAUUUUAUUUUUGUAUAGAGAUGAAGACGGGGCUUCUACAAGUGCCUGUACCUGUAUCAAACACACACACAGACAGAGAGAGAGAGAGAGAGGGGAGAGAGGGG